CUAAAGCUGUUGAAAUAAAAAUAUUUGGAUUUCUGGUUAUCAGCAAAAAUGGGAGAAAGGGCUCCUGUUUCCACUGAGGAGACAUUAGUUCGCUAUGAUAAUCCCGUAUUAGUUACAAAACAACCAGAAAAAGUAAGUUUACCAUCGGCUGGUGCAGCCGCCGCACAACCAUGUAUUCCAACCGAGGCCAAACGGGAAACUGAGGAAAUUCUCAAUGCAAUUUUGCCUCCUAAAGAAUGGGAAGAAGAUGGGCAAAUAUGGACCCAAAAAAUAUCAUCGACGCCAGCCACCAGACUAGAUGUUAUAAACCUCCAAGAAAUGCUGGACACUCGUUUACAACAGCGGCAGGCGAGAGAAACUGGAAUAUGCCCUGUGCGCAGACAACUCUAUACCCAGUGUUUCGACGAGCUUAUUCGACAGGUCACAAUCAACUGUGGUGAACGAGGCCUUCUUCUUCUGAGGGUACGCGAUGAAGCACGUAUCACGAUGGAAGCAUAUCAAACAUUGUAUUGCAGUUCUAUUGCAUUUGGUAUGCGAAAGGCUUUACAGUCGGAACAAGGUAAAUCAGACCUUAUGGAUCAAGUGGCAAAGUUGGAAAGCGAACGAUCCGCUUUGGAAAAGCAAUGCAUGGAAUUAAAACAAAAAACGGAACAGCUGGAGCGACGCGCGGCCGAGCUGCGUGCUGCCGAAGAGAAACGACACCAGGAAGAAUUGUUAGCUUUAAAGAAAACUAACGCUCAGUUGAAGGCCCAACUAGAAGGCAUCAUUGCCCCAAAGAAAUAAGUUGUGUCGUAGUUUUUGUCAGGAUGAUCAAGUUAAAAGGAUUUAUGUUUUACGAUGCACGCUAACCUAGUUUUUAUUCAAUAAAUAUUUUUACAAGUGA